GCUCACAGGGUCUCAAGGAACAGCAGGAGAGUCCAUGAAGGCUUUUCUCAACAAGACCAUCCGUGAGAACAAGUCCCCCUCCGUUGUCAACCUUGGCAAGGGCGUCUAUGGCUUGAGAGAGUGGCUUCUACCGUCCUCCAACUCAGCUGCUGCGAGGAACGUCCAGCUGCAGAAGCACAUGACUCAGACCCCCGUCAACUUGAACCUCGCGAGCACGUCGACCAACCGAAAGCCGCAGCAGCAGCCAACCUCCGCCCCUCUGCCUGGACAGCUUCCUGCAGCCUCCUCGAUCCUGCAGCAAGGGUACAAGAAGCCGGGCUCUGCCCUGGACUCAUCGGAGAUGGCGAAACUCAAGAGCAAGACGGCUGAGACCUCCUACUCUGCUCCUCAGUCUCCUCCCAUCUGUCAUCAGUCGCAAGCCGCCACGUCCGAGAACAACACAACACCAGUGCGAACGCAUCGCCCGUCCCCUCCUUCACUUCCCUCUAUGCAGCUGGGAGAGAAGGAUCACAAGUGGGGGAUCGAGAGCCUCGUGUCCUGGGAAGUGCUGCAGAAGAGUGCGGCGAGCAAGGAUCAGACGGACAGCAACCGCAUGGAGGCCAAGGGCUCGUCCAACGAGGAGCACGUGGAGACAAGUGGGCGAGCAGAGAUAGGAGCCUUGUUAAAUUGAGAUUGUUGCUGUUGUCUGGGCGACAUUGUACCAUAGCGCUGGCCUCGAGUCUGUGUGUAGAUUGUGUGUCAUAGUUUGUGAUGGUGAAGUGUGUGUAUGUGUGAAAGCUCUGGGACUGACGUCCUCUCGUUAAAAUUCAUUGAAUUCUUGAGUGCUCAU